AUGGAAGUUGGACCCAGCGGGAGUUACGUGACCGCUGACGGCAGCAUGAGCAUCGCCGAGUAUCGAGAGAAGAUCCACCACGACGGCUUUGUCCCUGCACUCAAGGUGGACAACGAAGUCAUCACUGAGAACCCAGCUAUCCUAAGUUUUAUCGCAUCACUGUGCCCGGAGAAAAAGCUCACGGGAAAGACACCAAUCGAGAACGCUCACGUUAUCAAGUGGUUGACCUGGAUAUCUGGCACGCUGCACGGGUACGGCUAUGGCAUGUUGACCCGCCCGGCCUGGAUUUCCAAGGAACAGGAACUAUAUCCCAAGAUCAAAGAUAUGGGACGGGCAUAUGUUCUGGACUCUUUGCAGGGGAGGAAGUUCCCGAUUGGUGAUGCGGAGAGCCUAGUAGACUACUAUUUGGUCCCAUUUUGGCACUUCGGCGCUACGUUCGGAUUUGAUAUGAGUCUUUAUCCCGAGUACCUGAAGCUGGUUCGCAGAAUUGAGUCUAAAGAGGCAGCGAAGCUUGUUCUGGCGGAGGAGGGAGUCGAGCUGGCAGCGUAA